AUGUCUUGGGCAGCCUCAGGUUCUUGCUUUUGGGGUGUGGCUGCAGGAUGCCUGCUCCUCCUCUGGGUGACUUACACCAUCAUUGAUGCAUUUUUCUGGUCACCCCUACGCUACUUUCCUGGCCCAAAGCUAUGGGCUAUCUCUCGCAUCCCAUCCAAUGUCUCCGUUCUUCGUGGCCAUAAUCAUCUCGACAUCCUAGCGCUGCACAAUCAGUACGGUCCCAUCUUGCGAAUUGGACCUAAUGAGUUGGCAUUCAGUACCGCCCAGGCUUUUCGCGAUAUUUAUGGUGCCAGAAUCGGUGGUUGUUUCCCCAAAGACCGAAGCCACUAUGAGCCGCCAGCGAAUGGGGUCGAUCAUCUGGUUUGUGCGGUUGACAAUGCGACUCAUGCACGGCAGAGACGACUACUCGCCCACGCCUUCUCAGAGAAGGCUUUGAGAGACCAGGAGGCUCUUAUCAGAGGCUAUGUGGAUGCUAUGAUCAUCAAGCUGCGGUCUGGAGUCCGACAUGGGACCUCUACUGUUGAUCUUAAAAGUUGGAUGAACUUUACCACAUUUGACAUCACCGGUGACCUGAUGUUCGGCGAGUCUUUCGACUGCCUGAAAGACAGUCAAUUACACCCGUGGAUUGGGUUGAUCUUCCAAUCCAUGAAGGCUAUUGCAUUCGUUGGGGCCAUGAAUCAAUUUCCCACACUCAAGGCCCUCCUAAAACACCUCAUCCCACGCGAAAUCGAGCGUGUCAGCCGAGAACAUUUUGAAUUGAGCGCACAAAAGGUUGAUCGACGCUUGGAGACAAACAUGACUCGUCCAGAUUUUAUGUCCGCUAUUCUUCAGCAUGGAUUUAGUGAAAAGAAAGGCCAGUAUUGCGAGAGUGAGCGCAUUAUGACUAGGGCUGAGAUUCAUUCAAAUGGGUUCAUUCUUAUCGUGGCAGGAAGUGAAACAUCUGCCACCUUAUUGUCCGGCUGUAUCUUCUAUCUGUGUACAACACCGCACGCCAUGAGCCAACUCGCCGCCGAGAUCCGCUCGGCUUUCAACCAGGACAGUGAUAUGACCUUCCGCGCGGUGGAAACCUUGGACUACAUGACUGCUGUCAUUCAGGAGUCGCUGCGUAUCUAUCCACCCUUUGUGACAAGUCUUUCUCGCGUUGUACCACAAGGAGGAGCGCUUAUAGAUGGCCAUUUUGUUCCUGGAGAUACAAUUGUAGCAUGUCACCACUACGCUUCCUACCACUCCGAAUCCAACUUCACCUUCCCAGAUUGUUUCAUGCCAGAACGCUGGCUGGGCUCUGACCCAGCCUUUGAAAAUGACAAGAAAGAUGUCUUGCAACCCUUCAGUCUCGGCCCUCGUGUGUGUCUUGGAAAACAGUAUGCUCUUUAUCACUUUUUAUCUCCUUCAAAUUUCACAUAA